AUGGGAACAGGGCAGUUACAAGCAAUCGAAGCUGUCAGUGUGUCAGGCAUGGCAGAUCCAUUCCUGGUCACUUUGCAUGUCAUCACCAACCCGGGAGAUGCAGCGGCUCUGCAGACCGCAGUCGACAACCUCGUAACAUGGAUUAAUCCCGAGCUGCGGCUCUUCAUCGCCUCCGAGCGCGGCUCCUCGCAGCCCCGAGGGGUGAGGAGAGGCAGCGGCGGCAGUGGUGCACACCCGGCUCUAGCUGUCAUCAUCUUUGUCCACGAGGAGUGUGGGCAGCAGAUCUCCCAGCUCCAUGAGCGUUUCCUCCACCCACCAUGGGAGUACCACCACACCGAGAUGGUCAAGGGCCGAAUCCUUCCCUACAUGCCCCGGAACCAGGACUUCUUCACUCUGGCCAAUCACAAUGCCCUCUGGGCUGUCAGGCAGGUGCACUAUGGGAAGGAGAUUGUCCGCUUCACCAUUUACUGCAGCUUCGAGAACUUUGUGGACAUGGUGAGGAUGUACCAGCUGAUUCUGAGGAGAGAGUCGUCCCAGCGAAAGCCAGACUUUGUGUUCUUCACCGUCUACUCCAACGCAGAGGUCGACGUUCAGCUCUCACUGAAGAGGCUCCCAAAGGGUCAGGGCCCUUCCCCCACCGAGUUGGCCCUGUUGGAGUUCAGAGUUCAUGACAUCGGACACCUCAUCCCUCUACUGCCGAACCCCUGCAGCCCAAUCAGUGACCUGAGGUGGCAGACGGAGGACUAUGAUGGAAACAAGCUCCUGUUGCAGGUACACAGUGUGUCCAGGAGCUCCUGGAAGAGGAGUGCUGUUGCCCAGUCCACUGCAGCAAGGAGCAGUUCUUGCCGUCCUCCACGCAGUGCGCUCCCCCAGUGUCUGGGAUGUUCUCCUGACAGACACCCCCGGCGGCGCUGGCAGGCUAACCACAAACCACAGCACACCAGCGGCUUCAGCCAUCUCCGAGGGACGUCUCAAGAGGACAUCUGGAUAGCUUGUCGAGGGGAUUCAGGCAACCUCACCUCGAGGGUUUCCCGGGUUGCUCAGCGCAGCAAGUCCUUAUUCUGUCUGCCGACCUUCAGCAGCUCGUCAUGCUCUUCAUCAUCUUCGUCGCCACUGGGGGAGCUAGCCCUUUCAUUAGCUGACCGUGGGCAACAGGUUGGAGACCCAGCGCUGGACCUCACCUCAGGGAUGGUAGCCGAUGGCCUGGAAGGUGCGGCAGAGACCAAUGUCGACACCGGUUUGACCACGUCAUGCUCUGACCUCUCUGCCCUGUCCACAUACUCGACGCUGAAUGGCUUCGGCAAAGGGUUAGGCGCUGCUCUUCCUCGACUGGGCGAUCGCAGCACCCGGGCAAAGGUGAGUCUCUCCAGGCCUUCAUUGUCCACGGACACCUCGCCUCCUUCCUCCUCCGGCCUUUCCUCCAGGUCUUCUCCUGUGUUCCAGGAAUUCUCUUCCUGCCCUUUGACCUCACGCACAGCACCUCCGCGUGCCUUCGCUGCAACAUCAUGGAUCUGGCCCAGAACAGACCGGUCCUCCUCGGCAGAGAACGCAACUAGAAAUGAGAGCUGCCGUGAAGGCAGACAACCCACUGCUAGCCUGGAAGGAGAGCAGGAAUUUUACAUUUGA